UAAAAUAAAAGAAUCGUGCCCGUCUCGCCAUUCCCCGCUUUUGUCGGCCUUCUCGUCAUCCUCGCAGGGAGAGAUUCCGGUCCUCUCUUUCUGCAUCCUCCGGCGGAGAUCCGAAGAUCCUUCCGGCAGCUUUGCCGGAUUCGUGAGAUCGACCGGCUUCUCGUCGUCCGGAAACCCUAAAUCUAUUGGAUUUCGCAUAGAAUUCAGCCAUGAAUCCUGAAUACGAUUACUUGUUCAAGCUUUUGCUUAUUGGAGAUUCUGGCGUUGGCAAAUCAUGUCUGCUUUUGAGAUUCGCAGACGAUUCAUAUCUGGAGAGCUACAUCAGCACAAUUGGAGUUGACUUUAAAAUCCGCACUGUUGAGCAGGAUGGAAAGACUAUUAAACUUCAAAUUUGGGAUACUGCUGGGCAAGAGCGAUUCAGAACGAUCACUAGCAGCUAUUACCGUGGCGCUCAUGGGAUUAUUGUGGUAUAUGAUGUCACAGACCAAGAAAGCUUCAACAAUGUGAAGCAGUGGUUGAAUGAAAUUGACCGCUAUGCUAGUGAGAAUGUGAACAAGCUUCUUGUUGGGAACAAAUGUGAUCUAACAGACAAGAAAGUGGUUCCUUAUGAGACAGCUAAGGCAUUUGCUGAUGAGAUUGGGAUCCCAUUCAUGGAAGCAAGUGCGAAGAAUGCAACCAAUGUUGAACAAGCCUUCAUGGCAAUGGCAGCUUCUAUUAAGAACAGAAUGGCAAGUCAGCCAGCCAUGAACAAUGCAAGGCCACCAACUGUGCAAAUCCGAGGGCAACCUGUCGCCCAAAAGAGUAGUUGCUGCUCAUAAAUUAUCAGUUUCCUCUUUAGCUGUUAUAUGCUACAUGUACAAGCUUGCUUUUUUCCUUUUACCCCCUUUAAAGGUGACAGUCCGUUGAUUUCUCUUCCUGUUGUUUGCCAUAAUUCGAUUCUUUCAACUAUUUGUUUGCAUCUGUAAGACUCGAAAAUCAGUUAAUAGUAUAGCCAUGUUCCUUCA